CGAGCUCUUGACAUUUUUAACCGCAGCUGACAUCAAAACAAAAUGCUGAAAGCGUUCGUUUUCCUUUCGCUUGUUCACCUGUUUUCCCCAGCCAGUUGCGCCGAGUGGGACGACGUUAACAACGACGAAGAACUCGGAGACUCGAGCAGGAAGGCAGUCGAGUCCUCGCCCAACACUUACAAAUUCCUCGUUUAUCCUUGGCAACAAUGGAAUCCUCAUUUUUACCAGCCUAUCGCUCGAAACCAACACGCACCGGAUGGUGAGGUAGGCCAUCCGCUCAUCAAUGGCGAUAUUGGUGGCCAUUCCGGUUUAUUUCGCCAAUUCGGCUCGCUUGAAAGUCCCUUCUUUCCUUCAAGCCCAUUUAGUCUUCCUUCGAAUCCAUCCAGUGUUCCUUUAGGUCCGUCGCUCUUGCCCGUCAGCCAGCCUGAUCCAGCUACCCAACCGUUCGAUGCUGUUAUUAUCGGAAGCGGAAUACGGCAAGAACUUGUCAGCGAAAGCUGCAGAUCACUAUCCAGGGAGAUGGGUAACUGUUUUGACAGUACAACGUGCACAGCAAUCGGUGGCCGGGCCAGCGGUUCAUGCACCAACGGCCUCGUUUGCUGCAUUAAUACGGUGAACACGUGCGAUGACGGAUUGGCCCGGCUAGGUGACACAGUCACGUUAAACAACACUUACUGGCAAUCACCGUUAAGAAAUUUCGCUACGUCUUCCAGCUGCACGUUAACAGUCAAGUUGGAUUCGACGCUGCCUGAACAAAAUAAUGUGGCCAUUUGUCAAGUUCGGUUGGAUUUUGUUGUGUUUGAAAUUUCUCAACCAGACGCUGAAACUGUGUGUGCUAACGAUUAUUUCGACGUAGCCGGAGCUACUAAUGUAGUCCCGACUAUAUGCGGAUUCAACAACGGCCAACAUAUGUAUCUUCACGUGCCACCAUCACCGACAGAUGUUCAACUGACGUUCAACUUCGGAACGGUAGACACUGACGUUCGCCGUUGGAACAUUCUAAUUGCCAUGAUCCCAUGCAACUCUAAACUCCUAGCGCCAUCGGAUUGUCUCCAGUAUUUCACCGCUCGUACGGGAACCGUCAAAACGUUCAAUUGGCGUGACGUAACAGGCACAGCCACGCGUCAAUUAGCCAAUCAAGGAUACAGCAUCUGUUUCCGAUCAGCAUUGACCCAGCGACAGUUAUGUUUGACACCGUGCACGGUAGUCACGACACAAAAGGCAUUUAGUAUCAGCGUGGCAAGAACCGUUGAUGCGGCGGCUACGGCUAGGCCGGACGUGAGCCAAUUAGGGUCCCUUAACUGCAAUAAUGACUUCCUCAUCAUCCCAGGUGGUUUCAAUAUCGGCAAUCCCGCACCUGUGGCCAACAUGGCUUUCGAUCGCUACUGCGGAGAGAGACUCAAUGCCCUUCCUGGAAGCACUGUAUCAACCACCGUUUGUAGUAUGGUAAAGCCGUUUAGAAUCGUGUAUCACGCUAAUCGCGAUGAAACGUUGACUAUACCAACGGCGGACACAGCAACGGCCGGAAACAUCGGAUUCUGUCUCAGUUUCCGUAUUUAAUAAUGAAUUUUUCUUACAGCUCGAUGUAUAAUUUUUACUAUUAAAAUGUACUAUACGCAUGCGGUGAU